AUGGCGGAUAAUUCAUCUCGACCUUCUUCAACGUUGUGCAUCACCUUCACGAUGAAGAAAGUUCAAAUGUUGCUCGUACAAGGGCGGUCGUUAAUCGUGAUUGUCAAGUCGCACACGACUUAUUGUAAUGCUUUCGAAGCUCGUUAUGAUUUUUUCAAACAAAAACCCGAUGCUAGAGUAAGAAUGAGUUUUAGUAACAUACAAAAGUGUGCGGUUGCGCUUAGAUAUUUGGGAUACGGUAUAACAUUUGAUGUAUCCGACGAAUAUUUGAAAAUAUCCAAGAGGACCGCAGUUGAUUGUGUAGAUUGGUUUUGUGCAUGUGUGUAUGAGGUUUUUCCCCAACAAUAUUUGCGUACACCUACUCCCUGGGAUAUUGAGAGAUUAUAUUCGGCUCAUGAAGAGAUAAAUGGAUUUUCGGGUAUGCUUGGUAGUCUAGAUUGUAAGCAUGUGGUUUGGGAAAAAUGUCCAAUUGCAUGGCGUGGUCAAUUCACUCAAGGAGAUAUAGGUGAGCCAAGUAUAAUCCUAGAAGUUGUUGCAUCUCAGGAUUUAUGGAUAUGGUGUUCGUGUUUUGGAGUUGUGUGGUCUAACAACGACAUUAACGUUCUUGUCCAGUCUCCACUUUUCAACGAUCUUUAG